AUGUCUGGAAGCAACGUUGUUUACGUCAAGGGCAUCGCCCCUGCGACUACUGAGAAGGAAGUCCGCGAUUUCUUCAGUUUCUGCGGAAAAAUCUCCAACCUGAGCCUUACAGCUGAGUCUGGUGCAGCUGAUGCUCCCAAGUCUGCUACUGUAACCUUUGAGAAAGAGACAGCCGCCAAGACUGCUCUCCUCCUUGACAACACUCAACUUGGCCCUGCCGCCGUGCACGUCGAGGCCGCUCACACCAUCGACGAAAUUGCCGGUAGCCACGCAGCCAGUGCCCAUGAGGCCAAGGACGAGAACCAACACGACAUUGAACAAGAAGAUAAGCCCCGCUCUCGCAUUAUCGCAGAGUACCUUGCCCACGGCUACACCAUCAGCGACCAAGCCAUCCAAAAGGCUAUUGCCCUCGACCAAAAGCAUGGCUUCUCUAACAGAUUCACUGCCGCCCUUUCCACCUUUGACGACAAGACCAAGGCCACCGAUCGAGCCAAGGGUCUUGACGAGAAGUACAAGAUCACCGACCAGGCUCAGAGCUCUUGGCGUGGAUUGACCUCGUACUUUGAGAAGGCACUCGGUACGCCCACUGGCCAGAAGGUGCGCGAUUUUUAUGUGCAGACCGACAAGCAGGUCCGCGACAUUCACAACGAGGCUCGCCGUCUUGCCGAUCUCAAGUCUGGAAAGACUAGCGAGCAGUCUACUUCUGAGGGUGUGACUGCUCCGGAUGUUGCCCCUAGUGCUACCAAUACCAGCAUUCCCGCGACUGAGGGCAAGCCUCUUUAA